AUGCCAUUUCGCUCAGAUCUGGCGGUGAGGUUUGUGGACGACUAUGCCAAAUAUCUACAGUUUCAUGCUACGGCAUCUAUGCUGAAAGACCCCCCAAGCGGCUAUAUUUCAACCGGGGCUGAUUUGUGGGGAGGAUUGCAGAGAAUCCGACAAAAGGCCAGCCACAAUAUAUAUUCGAGCCAGUACGAUUUUGAUUCUGAUCUCAAGUACCUUACCUCACGGGCAAAUGAUGGCCAUCUCAGUGUUGGGCUGUGUUCUCUGGAAAUCAUGCACUUUGAGCACGACAUGCCUCUGGUGUCGAUUUCACCGGAUGGGGUUCAGCUUCCACGAAUAUAUACGUACUAUGACGCCGAGAUGAAGCUUCGCGGGACCGAGGCUGUGAUCUCAUCGGUUUAUCGUAUUGAAGACAUGGAUCCGGUUUAUUAUUUGCAGGCUAAUAUCGGUGUAACCAUUGGUCUUCAAGAUCCUGAUGCUCGAUAUAACCAUCUGUUUCCCUCACCCGCUGCAGCAUUUUCAGGGAUGUACACAGGAGGGCUGUGGACCAACAAUCUGGGUUCCUGGCCUGGGAAGGCCAACCAAACCGUGGAAUUCAGCAAUGGAACCAGAUUGACAGUGGAAACCACUGCAUCAGUGACGUUGGAUCGUGGGUUGGAUUUCUCCAGUGGGGAAUCACUCUUUCAAACUGCCUGCAUGCCUAAUAAGGAGAGCCGCCCUCCCGAUCCCCACCCAGCACUCGCGGUAGGGAAGUCUCCAUACUCAAUUCCACUGGGUGGGUCGUCGAUGUAUCCGGCACCAAUCGUACAUCACGAGAAGGAACUUCUCCCAACGUUCAGGCUCACUGGAGAGAGUCCUGUGUCGCUGGCGAGAGUUGCAGUUCAGUUCCUCGAACGCGCUAGAAAGGAUGGAAAAGAGAAGCUCAUCAUUGAUCUAUCGAACAAUAUGGGGGGCGACAUCAACCUGGGAUUUAAUCUGUUCCGGAUCUUGUUCCCAGACAAACCAAUCUACACAGCCACUCGCUUCCCCUCAACAGAGUUGAUUGGCCUGAUGGGUCGGGUCUUCUCAUCUUCCCAGGGCCAUGAAGCAGUCCACCAUGACAACACGCUGGACUUGCCUCUGAUCUUUCAGAAUGCGGUUACACCAGACCAUCGACACUCAUUCGGCAGCUGGGAGAAGCUGUUCGGUCCCGUCGAAAUCGCAGGUCAGAACAUGUCCCAUCUACAUGCGACGUAUAAUUUCACCACGGCAUCAACCGAGGACAAUCCGAUCAGUGGGUAUGGGGACAUUGAGUUUGGACCUUCUACUCAGCCAUUCCACGCUGAGAAUAUAAUCAUCAUGACAAACGGCAUCUGUGCGUCCACAUGUACAAUUCUAGCAAGAUUACUCAAGCAACAAGGGGCGCGCGAGAUUGCGGUAGACACAAGCAGAACCAGUUCUCCCAUUCUCUCCGCAGAUGAAUUGGCUCGGUUUCUAGAGUUGGCUCCUCCCCCACUCACAGGAUUCCCGAUGCGAAUUGACAGCCGUGGAGGGAGUGGGGUGAAUUUCCGCAACGAAUACGACGAGAAGGACCCAAACACUCCGUUGCAGUUUGUUUACGAAGCGGCGGACUGUCGGUUGUUUUGGACGGCGGAGAAUUAUGUCUUUCCGGACAGUUCGUGGGUUGCAGCAGCUGAUGCGAUGUUUGGAGGUGCUUCUUGUGUGGAGGAGUCAGCUGGGCAUCAUAUUACUCCUUGA